AUGGCAUUGCCUCCCGGCAGACGUUUGAGUCCCGACUCUGAGGCACGCCUCAAUCGUGUUCAGAUGCAGGCUGAUCUUGGUACCGCUCGUCGGGAGUACGUCAGCACCACUGACGAAAGCGCCUAUGUCCAAGUGAACCAGGAUGAACUUGAGCGGCUCCGAAGGUCAAACGUUGUUGGCACUCCUGAGUAUCAGGCGGCGCAGCGGAACCGUCAAGCGUUGAGAGAAUGGAACGACUUCCACAAAAUUGCCGACGACACUGACCACUUGGAAGAGCUGAACCAACUCGAAAAUGGCCAAUCUCACAGACUCAGACUGACUGCAUCCCUUCAUGGCUCCGAGCCCUCGUCCCGGUCUUCGCAUGCGUCUUUCAAUCGAGGAAUUGGAAACCAUUCUAUGGGGUUGCGCUCCAUUGGUCGUGGUGGAGGUGUCAUUGGUACUCGAGGACGGGGUAGCAGUCUUCCAGGCAUUCGAGACUCCAGUCCUUCUAAUUUUCCAGGCCGCGGCUCUGCUCCGAAUGUCAGAAACACCCGAUCUCGUGCUUCUACCUCUCGUGAAGAAGAUACACGCGCAGGGGGACGCAAUGUCAGAGAGAGCCAGUCGGUCCCCAAUAUUCGAUCGCGGGAAGCCAGUCCCCGUAGCUUGGAGUUCACUGAACGUUGGGUUCAAGGCCGCUUGACUUCCCAAGAGGCUUUCAUGGCAUCGGCCGGUCGAGCAUUCGGCAUUCCCCCCAACUUGCCCAAGAUACCAGUCCCGAAUGCUGCGGAAAGACUCACGACUCCUCGGCUCCCAUCAUUGUCCGUGGAUGUCGCUGCGUCCAUGCAUGCCACGGUGUCUAGCGCCCCCUCGACAGCCAGAGUCAAUAGCACUGUCGCUUCUGGAACUGCCACUCGGGCUCGUAAGGUGCCGAACCCACCUCCUCGAUUCUAUCGUCAGUUUGCCCAUCGGAGCCCGCCACGAAGCCCAAGCCAGUCCCCUAGCCGAAGCCCAUCACGCAGCCCGAGCCGGGAGGGAGGAAUGAUAUCCAAUCUUCCGGAGCCGGCACAAGCAGAGCAGGGUCUGGGCCAGCAAUCGGAGGAUCUACAUGCCCGGCAGAGAACCGAGAAACAAUCCCGGAAUGAGAAGGACUCUGCUCGUCUCUUCCUUCUGUCUUCGGAUGAAGAGGACAUUCGCUUCCCAGUUCGGCCCCGAACUCGGCCUCGUUCUUCUAAUGUUAUGGUCUCUUCGGGCCUGUUGGAUCUCGCUGGUAUUGUUUUCCCCACGGAUGAAAAAGCCAAGAUGGAUAGUCCGGAGCGUGUCAACCCGCUUGAGGCCAUAGCGUUUGUUGCGAAAGAGCUGGUUUCAGUCUUUGGUGAGGGAUCACAUGAGUAUCAAGACGACGCAGGCCUGCGUGGUCAACGUCUGUCCCCCCACACUCCCCUCGUGACGAUGAAAGCAAACAUCGAUUCCACAAGUGAACGUGACAUUGGCGCCUUCGUGAAGAAAACAUUUUCGCGUUGGCUGGAAAAACAUUCCACAACUUCAGCACCCCCUCUUGGAUUUAGCACUGAUUCCGCAGAUUCAGCCCUACAUCCUUUUGGUAAAACUCAUCUUGCAGCUCCAGGUUCACUUGUUGAACUUGAUACUCAUUCCACGGCUUCAGCUUCCGCUUUUGAACACGAAGGCUAUUCCACAGCUCCAGGCUCGCCCAUCCAGCGAGAGGCUCUUUCCACGGUUACAGAUCAACUGCUUGACUUAGAAAUGCGGCCCAUGGCUCAGGUUUCGUCUGGAGAAGAUCGUUCAGGACGGGCUCAUCAGGUCAGCAAUGAUAGUGGAAGUUUUGACCGUUAUCGGUCUCCUCGCCGUGUGGACUCAUCGGGCACUGUCACCGAUUCAUCCGCCGAGAAACAGCACCGCAGGGUAGAUGCAUCCAUUCUGUCGCCCACCAAGCCCGCACGAAGCCCCUCAGGAAUAUCCACGGAGGCAUUCCAAUCGCUGAAGGUCAGUGAAGGUGAGACAGUUGGUGAAGAAAAGGACGUUACCGGGUCCAAUGAGGGCAAGGGUCGAGGUCAAAAUCUGUUCAAGGAGGAUGUUCCUCACCCUAUGUGGGCGUCGUGGGGUAUGGACUCUGCCAAGGAUGAUUUGUUUGCGCCAAAUAUGCGUGAGGACAAGGCCUCUAAGCUUGAAAAGAAGGAGAACCUGCCGGUGGCUCGGGGAUCUCGCACAGCUUCUGCCGAGGAUGAUCUUUUCCCGGAGAAGUUGCACGAGGACAAAGGCUCGAUGCUCGACAAGGUUUUCUCGGGAGAGCUGCCUCGGGCCCCACGGCUGCCUCUCAAGGCUCGCGAAGAGAACGAUCUUUUCGCAAAGAAGAUGCGCGAGGGAAAAGGCUCCAUGCUUGACAAGUUUCCCCAGGAGCACCCCUCGCGAGCGCCUCGAGGUCGCCGAGACGAUCUCCGAUCCGGAUCCCCACCUGCGGCUUCGUACAAGUCGAAGCGGCUGUCCUUGGCGCAAGGCAGCCUAAACGUCCCAAAGGAACCUUCGGCCCCACGGGUGCCGCCACGCGCCCAGACCGAAAAGAAGCCCGAAGCCGUCUCGGGAGCUUUGGCGAAGAGCAUGUGGGCACCUCAGGCUGAGAGCAAGCCUGCCGCUGUUUCUGGAGGUCCUGCGGGUAGCAAGUGGGCGCCGCAGCCUGGUAAGAAAUCUCCUGCCAUCUCUGGAGAUUUGUCGAAUAGCCGAUGGGCGACCCAGCCCGAGAAGACGUCUGCCGCUGGUUCCGGAGGGUUAGCGGGCAGCAAGUGGGCAGCCCAGCCCGACAAGAAACCCUCGGCUGUCUCUGGAGGUUUGGCACAGAGCCGAUGGGCAUCUCCGACUGACGAGAAGCCUCCCACCGCUCCCAAAGGCUUGGCAAGUAGCCGAUGGGCCUCUCCCGCUCAGGCAUCGGGGACCAUGAAGCCAUUCAAGGGAGCCCCACGACAGCCUUGGGCAAAGCCAAAGUCUCCCCGGCUGCCCAGCCCACGUCGGUCCGAUGCGGUGACCCAGCCAUCGCCGCCAACUGCCGACCCCGUCCGAACGGAGUCAAGUCUGCCGCGCCAGUCCAGCGCGCGCGAAUCCAGCCCGGAUGGUCAAAAAUCCCCCGGUGUCACUUUCAUCGGGCCCAAGCCAUUCGAACGCCGAUCUGAGUAG